CGUGGCCAGUUAAAUACCGCCAUUACGCCUCGUGGUCUCCUUUUAAUCUCGACCAGGGAGGCUGCCGUCUUUUGUCGUCUCUGCGUCGACCGUAACUUAUUUUCACAAUGGCUGAGCCUACUCGGGAACUGGAGGCUGGCGAAGGCAAUGAUGCCGACGUUGAGGAUGUGGAGGAGGGCGAGAAGAAGAAAGGAGGUGAGCUCUCUGCAUCGCAGACCGCUCGGCUGACGGCAGAGAUGAUGAAAGACCCUAAGGUGCUAGCAGCGCUACAGUCAAAACUCGGUGUUAUGGUUGGUUCAAGUUCUGGCUACAUUGAAAGCCUCCCGGCCUGCGUGAAGAGGCGCAUCAAGGCCCUCAAGAAGUUGCACGUCGAGUGUGCCAAGGUAGAGGCCCAGUUCCACAUGGAGGUCUAUGCAUUGGAAUGCAAGUACCACAAGUUGUACCAGCCCUUCUACGAAAAGAGGCACCAAAUUACGAUGGGCAAGGUAGAACCAACAGACGAAGAGUGCGACUUCCAGACAGACUCUGACAAGGAGGAAGAUGAGAUUACGGAAGGCGUGAAGAAGGCAGACAUCAACGAAAAGGGAGACGAGAAGAAAGAAGAGACAGUGAGUGGCAUCCCAGAGUUCUGGCUAACAACACUGAAAAACUUGGACCUCGUUGUGGACAUGAUUCAGGAGCAUGACGAGGAGAUCCUGAAGCACCUUAUAGACAUCAAGGUUCGGCCUCUGGAACCACCAGGCCCUCUUGGCUUUGUCCUGGAAUUUUACUUCGAGCCAAACGACUUCUUCUCAAACACGGUGCUAACAAAAACGUACGAGGUCAAGUGCGAGGUGGACGAGAGUGACCCCCUGUCCUUCGAAGGUCCAGACAUUGUCGGCUGCAAGGGGUGUACGAUUGACUGGAAGAAGGGCAAGAAUGUCACGGUGAAAACCCUCAAGAAGAAGCAGAAACACAAGAGCAAGGGAACAGUGCGGUUUGUGACAAAGACUGUGCAGAAGGACUCGUUCUUCAACUUCUUCAGUCCGCCGAGUGAAGCAGCAGGCGAGCAGCUGGACGAGGACACGCAGGCCCUGCUCGCUGCCGACUUCGAGAUCGGCCAUGUGCUCAAGGAACGCGUUGUGCCCCGGGCAGUGCUCUACUUCACGGGAGAGGCCCUCCAGGAGGAUGAGUAUGAUGAAGAUGAGGAAGACAUGGAUGAUGAGGAGGACGAUGACCAGAAUGAGUUCCUUGAUGAAGACGAUGAGAACGACCCAGACUAUACGCCUAAGAGCACCAAGAAAGGGGAGCCUCCAGCGGAGUGCAAGCAGCAGUAAUCUAGAUGUGGCUUAAUCUUUUUUAAGGACACAUGUACCCCCCUCUCCCUUCUCUGUAUGUCAGCUGAGGUUUGAAAUUGUUAUAUAAAAGGGUUGCUUUCAAACCGAGUAUUUUGUGCUCGCGUAUUUACAUGUUGUCGCAAGUCACUUGCAAACCAAAUUGAAAAUAAACCUCGUUUACAAACCUCU